AAGCUAUAGUCAAAGUGUAAAGAAGGUCUAACCUGAUAAUACGCUAUGAAAGCUUUUCUCUGGCGAACCGGUUCCGUCCCUGUACAUGCGCCGGUUCAUCCCGAUUCGCCCAAAUUCUCUCUCUCCCGUCGCAAUUCAGUUUCCGGCAUCUUUUCUGGCGAGAAUCACAACGUGAUUUCCCCCAGAAUCUCCCUGCAUUUGGAGAUCAACCGCCACAGGGACACUCCUAUUCGACUAACCUCGUCGGAAACUGACCUCAUGGGAUCGGAAACAGAAUUGUUCGGCAUGUUGACGAAGCUUUCUGGAUCUGGUUCUCUGUGCUACCCCGCGAUGAUGCCGGAAGAGGAGCAGCAUUUUUUAGGAUCUGACCUGCAUGGCUGUGGAUCUACGACUUUGAAUGACGCCGGAUUCUGGCCAGAUAGCCGUAUUCCGUUGAAGAAGCUAGGUUUCACCGGAGACGGAUUCGGGAAAGGAAAGAAAUACGGAGGAGGGAAUGGCGGCAAUGAUGACGACUGGCGGUCAGACUUAAUCAAGAUGGGUGAUUAUUAUAAAGAAAUGUUGAAGUCAAACCCUAGCGAUUCGCUGCUUCUGAGAAACUAUGGCAAAUUCUUGCAUGAGGUGGAGGGAGACAGAGAGAGAGCUGAAGAGUACUAUGCGAGAGCGAUUCUGGCGAGUCCAGGAGAUGGAGAGGUUUUGUCUCUGUACGGGAAGUUGAUAUGGGACUCACACAGAGAUGGAGAGAGAGCUCAAGCUUAUUUUGAUCAAGCUGUUUCUGCCUCUCCAAAUGAUUGCAUGGUGUUGGGAUCAUAUGCCCAUUUUAUGUGGGAAGCGGAAGAAGAUGAUGAAGAAGUCAAUGGGUGUGCUGAAGCUUCACCAGCAUUGGUUGCUGCUCUCUAGCAAUUGACCCUUCAAUCUUUAGUACUCAAGUCUUUUUAGGCAAUAUUACUAACUUCAAUAACAAUAUAAUAAGAAAACCAGAAUAAUAUAUUAUAAUAUAAUAUUUCUGGGUAUUUUACUUGCUUUUUUGUAAUGUUAUUAUCAUGUAUAUUGUCUUGUUUAAUUAUUUCCUCUUACAUUUUUGAUCUUGUACUAUUACUAUAAUGUAUAUCAUAAAAGUCUUAGUAGGAGAUAUUUAUAAUAUUAAGAUUUUUUUUUGGGAUA